UUCAAUAUCAAAGAAAGAUUAAGAAGGAAGCAAAAUGGAGAAUGGUUUAUUUCGUAAGAAAUGGAGUUCCAGUGCAAAUGAUGACAUUCAUUCAGCUUCUGGUCUUACAGUUAAAGAAUUUCUAAAUACUUUAAUGAAAUUUAGAAACCCUGAAGAUGAAAGACAAACUAUUCCUCUUGGUCAUGGUGAUCCUUCCGCUUUUCCAUGUUUUAGAACAACUCAAAUAGCUGAUGAUGCUGUUGUUGAUUCUGUUCGUUCAGCUAAGUUUAAUGGUUAUUCAUCUACUGUUGGUAUUCCUCUUGCCAGAAGGUCUUUAGCAUAUUAUCUAUCGCGUGCUCUUCCAUACAAGCUAUCACCUGACGAUGUUUUUCUAACGAUUGGUUGCGCGCAAGCAAUCGAGAUUGCAAUGACGGUAUUCACUAGACCUGGUGCUAAUAUAUUGCUACCUAGACCAGGAUUUCCGUAUUAUGAGGCCUGUGCUGGCUUUCGGAAGCUUGAAUAUCGACAUUUUGAUCUUCUACCAGACAAGGGUUGGGAGGUCGACCUUGAAGCUGUAGAAGCUCUUGCUGAUGAAAAUACCCUUGGAAUUGUUAUAAUCAACCCAGGAAACCCUUGUGGAAAUGUCUACACGUAUGAGCAUCUGAAAAAGGUUGCUGAGACUGCAAAGAAACUCGGAAUUAUUGUGAUGGCGGAUGAAGUGUAUGCUCACCUCACAUUUGGCAGUAAUCCAUUUGUGCCAAUGGGAGUUUUUGGGUCAAUAGCUCCUGUCCUUACACUUGGGUCUAUAUCAAAGAGAUGGAUAGUACCUGGUUGGCGACUUGGUUGGCUUGUUUCCAGUGAUCCCAAUGGCAUUCUAAAAGAAACAAAGGUUGUUGAUUCCAUUAUAAGGUGCCUCAAUAUCUCUGGGCAUCCUGCAACUUUGAUCUGUGAUAUACUUCCUCUGUGUGAGCACCAACUCAUUGCCAUGCCUGAGAACUUCUAUACCCAAGAAGAAAGAUAAAUCACCCAUAUCUUUCAAUGCAAAAGGAGCACCAAGAUCUUUAAUCAGUUUUUCAAUAUGAGCUGGGUUUGAUCUUGUCACAAUUAUAUCAUCAACGUACACAAGAACGUACGUGAUGGUUUCCUUAGUAUUUAACACAAACAUAGAGUUGUCAGCUAUUGAACCCUUGAAACCUAGUUUUAUUAAGUAGUUACCGAGCUUCAAGAACCAGGCCUGUGGCACCUAUUUAAGUCCAUGCAACGACUUGUGCAAUUUACAGACAUGGUUAGGGUAAUUGGAAUUAAUAUAACCAGGCGGAUGUUGCAUAUAUACUUCCUCUUCCAAAGUUCCAUGCAGAAACGCAUUCUAGACAUCUAGCUGUUUAAUCUGCCAGUUAUUCAUCACAACAAUAGAUAACACUAGCCGAAUGGUGCAAGGCUUGAUAACAGGACCAAACGUUUCGCCAUAAUCCACUCCCUCUUGUUGAUUGAAGCCUUUAUCCACCAAGCGUGCUUUAUGUCGUUCGACAGUACCAUCUGGAUUUUGUUUUACGCGAUAUACCCAUUUGCAUCCUACCACGUUCAUUCAUUUCUCAUAUUUCACCAAUGAGUAUGUACCAUUACGAAUAAGCGCAUUGAUCUGGACAUCCAUUGUUGUCCUCCACUUUGGAUUUUUAGAAGAUGUCGUGUAGCAAGUUGGUUCCAUAAAAUCUUCUUCGGUUAGAGGGUGUUUGGAAGCAGUCAAACGCAACUUGUUAAUUGGUUUUGUGAUGCGUGUUUUAGCCCUUGUUAUCAUAGAAUGAGUUAUAGUUUCCCUCUGAGUUGAUGGAGUAGCAGACUCAGCAGUCUGUUUAGUUUCUGACACUGUAUAACUCGGAACGCUUUGAGCAGUUGACAGUGUGUCUUGUUGAUGUGCUGAAUCAUCAGAGAAUGCGGAGUUCGUUGAAGAGUGUUGUGGUGCAGAUAUUUUUGGAGACGAUGGAAGAUUCUGCUGACUUUGCACUGGUGAUGAUAACAUUACAUCUUCCGUAUUUUCUGUCAGAGUAGUACGACGAAAAGGAUGUGAAAGAAAAAAACUAGUGCUAGAAGGGACAUUACCUCGACACGGGGAAAGACCUUUCUGCUGGAGAGACUAAAAUGGGAACAUGCUUUCAUAAAACCUUACAUGCCGCGAGACAUAAAGACGAUCAGUUUGUCGGUAUAGGCAUAAAUACCCUUUAUGUGCACUACUAUAACCUAUAAAAACACAUGGAAGUGAUCUUGGUUCUAGUUUUUUUGCAAUGUACUGUCUUAGGAAGGGAUAUGCUAAACAUCCAAAGACACGCAAGAAUGUGUAAUCUGGUUUUUUGUUGAACGGGAUUUCUAACGGUGUUUUGAUUUCUUUGGCUGACUUGGGUAACCUAUUGAUUAGAUAACACACAGUAGUGAAGGCAUCGGCCCAAAAUUCCUUUGGCAUAUGAGCAUUAAAGAGCAAAGCUAAAACAGAUUCAGUAACGUGUCUAAUAC